CGCGCGACCAAUAAUUGCGGGGGGCGGCAGAGGCGUAGAAAAACGACGUCUUCUCCCGUAAAACUGUUUGAGGUGCAGUUAGAUCCCCGCGUCUUGGCAGAUCAGAGUCAUGGGAGACAGAGUGAUCGUGCUCGUAAAGGAGGAUCGGACACCGAACCACUGCCUCCACUGCAUCAUUACUCUGUUCUGCCCCUGGUGGAUCAUCAUAUGGCUGUGCGCCUGCUGUAUGUACGGAUGCUGAUGGAGCGAUUAUAACUACUCAUUGAGACCCUUCGUAUAUCUUUGUUCCGGUUUUAAUUUUGUUAAUAACCUUUGUGAAAAUCGUCCUUUUUCAAGUAUGGUUAGCUACACAAGCCCAUACUUGGGCUCACACCCAAGG